AUGGCUUCGAGAUCGACACUACAUAUUGAUCGAAAGGAUCUUUACACGGAUCUAGAAACACGAAUUCAUUAUCUACACUCUUUUCUUGACUUCAGUUCACGAGACAUAGAAGCCCUCAUUUAUGGCUCAAAAUACAUCAAACAACUCAUACCAGCCAUCGUGAAUAUUGUAUACAGAAAACUUCUUCAAUAUGACAUUACAUCACGUGCCUUCACAACUCGCAGCACAAGUUAUGAGGGUCCGCUAGACGAACUGCUAGAUGAGAAUAGUCCUCAAAUCUUACACAGAAAGAUGUUUCUGAGAGGCUAUCUCCAUAAACUCUGUUCGGAUCCAAGCCAAAUGGAAUUCUGGGAGUACCUCGACAAAGUCGGGAUGAUGCACGUAGGACGUGGUCGAAAACAUCCUCUUCAUGUGGAAUAUGUACACAUAGGAGUUUGUUUGGGGUUUGUGCAAGAUAUUAUUUUUGAGGCGGUUCUCUCGCACCCGAAAUUGAGAAUGGAGAAAAAGAUAGCGAUCGUGAAAGCGAUUGGGAAAGUGUUGUGGAUUCAAAACGAUCUUUUUGCAAAAUGGUAUGUCAGAGAUGGUGAUGAGUUUGCUGGGGAGAUGGAGGAGGUGAUGGUGGAGAGGGAAGGCUGGUUGAAGGGGAAGAAAGUCAUUGAUGGAGAGGAGAAGUUAGAUGUUGAAGGCGAGGGGAGUGACGGAAAGACGCCUAUCGAGGAUGAGAAAGUGAAGGAAGCCCCAGCUUCUUGUCCAUUUUCUGGGUUUCAGGUUAAAAAGGAAUAG